CAAAGUGUUACAACAAACACUGCUCAAAUGAAAGUUUGUGUUCAAUACUUAAAGUAAAGAAGAAAGUGCAACGAAGUUAGUCGCUUGUUAAGGACAAUUAACGGUUAAACAGUUAUGGCCAUAUCAAUGCUGCAGGACGCACAAACACGAAGCUUAGCAGCUGCUUUGGCUGGCAUUAAACGCGAGGAAAUGGUUGUGGAGCGCGCCAUGUCGCUAUCGCCGCCCAUGUCAGCGAAUACCUCAGCCAGCAGUCCCGCUGCAGCAGCCAAUGGACACUCCAUGUAUCCAGCCAUGGGCUUGCAACAAGCUGCAGCCGCCUCCGCGUUCGGCAUGUUGUCGCCCACGCAGCUGCUGGCGGCGAAUCGCCAAGCGGCUGCAUUUAUGGCGCAGCUGCCCAUGAGCACGUUGGCCACAACGCUAUUUCCACAUAAUCCUGCAGCGCUUUUCGGCGCUUGGGCAGCGCAGCAUCAACAGCAGCAGCAGCAGCAGCAGCAGCAACAGUUGCCGCUGUCCGGCACGCAUUUACACUCGCCGCCCGCCAGUCCGCACUCGCCUGUGGCCAGCGGCAAACAUGCGCUAAGCUCACCCAACAGCACGCCACAGCAUCAUCAUCAACAUGGCCAUCAUAUGGGCGGCUUGGGUGAGCCUGUGAAGAAAGCGCGCAAGCUUUCGGUUAAAAAGGAAUUUCAAACUGAAAUAAGCAUGAGCGUUAGCGAUUUGUAUCACACACCAGGCGGUCCCAUUUCACCACCUUCAAGCGGCAGCUCGCCCAACAGCUCAGCGCAUGAGUCGGCGGCAGCAGCGGCGCCUGCGCCUGCCAGCAAGGACAGCUCACGCGACAAGAGCUUCACCUGCAAGAUUUGCUCGCGCAGCUUUGGCUACAAGCACGUGCUCCAAAAUCACGAGCGCACACACACCGGCGAAAAGCCCUUCGAGUGUCCCGAAUGCCACAAGCGCUUCACCCGCGAUCAUCAUCUGAAGACGCACAUGCGUCUGCAUACGGGCGAGAAGCCCUAUCACUGCUCCCACUGCGAUCGCCAGUUCGUGCAGGUGGCCAAUCUGCGUCGCCAUCUGCGCGUGCACACCGGCGAGCGUCCCUACACCUGUGAGAUCUGCGACGGCAAGUUCAGCGACUCCAAUCAGCUCAAGUCGCAUAUGCUGGUGCAUAAUGGCGAGAAGCCGUUCGAAUGCGAGCGCUGCCACAUGAAGUUCCGUCGUCGCCAUCAUCUGAUGAAUCACAAGUGCGGCAUACAGUCGCCCCCAACGCCAGCGCUGUCGCCCGCCAUGAGCGGCGACUAUCCGCUGGCUGCUGCAGCUGCCGCUGCCGCCGCUCUAGAGUCCAACACCAACAAGUUUGCUGCCAUGUGCGCCAGCUACGGCGGCUCCGAGGAGUCUGUCGACUUGGCCAAGAGCAGCCUGGAUGAGGAAACACCACUCGAUUUGUCUGAGGAUGGCGCCAGCUCUGUCGAUGGUCACUGCAGCAGCAGCGCAGCGCGUCGCAAGGCGCAGGACAUACGUCGCGUGUUCCGCUUGCCGCCGCCACAAAUUCUGCAUGUGCCCAUGCCCAACAUGCCCGAGCAAACUGAGCCCGAGGAUCUGAGCAUGCAUUCGCCACGCUCUGCUGAAUCACACGAUGACAUUGAUCUCGACGAGCUCGACGAUGCUGCUGCGCUUUAUCUACGCCAGCAGCAACACUAAAUCUCUCUCUCUCUCCCUCUCUUUCGUUGUAUAUAUAGCCGCUGUUCAUCAGAUGAGUUUAGUCGGUUACCAAAUUUCACAAAAUUGCAAAUUUUGCGCUCACAGGAAUUUAUUGCUAAGUACAAGCCACUAAAAAAAAU